AUGACUCUCAAGGCCGUCCACAAGAGAAGGUCCAUCCAAGUCGGAGCGCCCCUCUCACUGCCCGCCGCCACCCCCCAGAAACCCGCCGAGAAGAACGGUAAUUGGGACCAUCCUCCACCCAAGACGGCCGCACACCCUGAGCCGGCUUGUAACGCGCACAAGAAGAAACGGCUGAGUGCGAGCUGUUCACUCACCAACAGGCAGAAAAACAACAAGAACCCAGUCGUCGUCAGUCCCGAAUCUCAAACGAAGCGGGGCGAACAAGUAGUGAUGAUGGAGCAUCUGAAGGAGGAACACCAUGCUGAAAUCCUGCGGAUCAAGACCCAUUUAAACCUCAUCCAUUCCUUCAACCUACUCGUCAACCUCUCCAGACUCACUCUUCUGUCGUUCAACUCACCCGCCAUCACACAAGAUGCGCAACCGCCGCUUGGCGAACAAAGUGGGCAAGUAACGGUCGAUUUGGAUAAGAGUAAUAAAGACACAAACGGGCGCGAGGACGACGAAGCGCUAGAGGCCAGCUUCUAUCAUCUAGCUCUGUUUCGCUUCGAGCUUUGGCUGGGAAGAAUCGCAGAUCAUCUACCCAAAUCGCUUUACAAAUUCAAGAGGCCUGCCCAGAAAACUAACAGCCACUUCAAGAAAGAAGAGUACGAUAUCGAGCUGACGUUGGACUAUUUGCCGCCACUUGAUGUUCUGUUCGUUUGGUAUUCUUACUGUCUCAACUCGAGGAAUUACUAUGAGGAUGGCUUUAGAUUGUAUCCAAUCUUGAAACAUCUACAAUUUCCUCUAGAAUUAGCGGCAUCGGAAUACGACUUGUUUUGCCCCAAGACCAACGUCGAGAAAUUAGGGGCAGCAAGCCAGAUCAGCGAAGAAGAUGCGCAACAGUUAAUCAACAGGAUCAAACAAUUAUCCGACCACGGGCACGCUGGGAUUACCUUAAAAGACGGUAAACACUUCAGGAAUCCGAGCGCGCUCUUGGGAUUACUCUCUCCCAAAAGCUUCAAUUCCACAGCGGGAUCGAAUGCGAGGAAGCUUUGGAUUAGCUUGACCAACACCGAUUUUAAUAUUAUCAACUUCAUCAAGACACCUAGCUUCCGGACCUUUAUCUGUCCUCAAUGUGACGAUACGAUCGAAUCUCCUUUUUAUGUGAAGGACCCGCAGACAAACACUGUCAAGGUGACCGAUUCGUGCUGGUCGUACUCGUCCCCGAAGACUCACCAGUCGCCGCGCAAAUCGACUUCGAGCACCGUCGAGGAUGAUCACGGGCCGGGAUGCGGCCAACAAGAGUCGCAGGGGGACCACUCGGAGAAUCCACGAGUCAUCCACCCUGUCGGCUCACACAAGAACCAGGGCAAGCUCAAAUGCAUGAACUGUGAUUGGACAGGCAUCAAACAGGACUUGAGCUUGCACAAGUUUGCCAGCGAGUUCAAGUUCUCUUCCGAGCACCUUUGCCUCAAGACCACACAGGACGCCGUCAACUGUUUGGCCGGAACAUUGACCACACUGGACGAUUUGACCGAUACCAAAAACGCGAUCAAGUUCAACAUCCUAUUCCUCAAAGAGAAAGAUGAACUACCAAGAAUCUACACUGAGCAUGGCCGAUUGAUGGAUGAUUGUCUGUAUCAUUUAACACAAAUACGCCAUUCACUCAAUCUUAAAAUCCUCAAUAACAAAUUAGUGCCAACACGCGAACGAUUCAAGAUCAAGAAUUGUUUCCACAAUCUCCUGAAGUCCUACGCGGUACCCGAGCCAUUUUCAGUCGACCUGAUCCGAUCCAUGCAGCUCGAAACCUUCUUCAUCAAGAAGAUGGUCCACUUGGGCUGGACUGACAUCAACCCUUCCCAACACGGCUCCCAACCGGGUAAGGUGAGGGCGAGCGAGCUUGAUGGUCGCUUUCAGAGUUGCCUGUCACGAUACAAUGCCUUUUCGAGUCUGGCCUCAACCAUCAACCCCCUUCAAGUAUUGAUUCCGACCUUUGACAUCGAUUUGGCGUGGAAAACAGAUAGGCUAAGAGGGAUCGAGUACACUGAAUCGAUGAUGCAAACGAACAAAAAUAUGAUCAGCCAUCCGAACGAAUUAGAUUUGGAUAAAUCCAAGUAUUUGGCCCACUUUCGAUUAACUUCUGCGUUGUGGAUCUCCCGUUAUCACAUAGAAUACUCCAGAUAUCCUGCCCCAUUUGUCAAAAUCGACAGACGGCAAGAUUGGCUGAAGAAAGCUACAAGGGAACCCACUCCCCCACCCGAAUCACCCUCCGUCACCAAGGACUCCAGCCAAACUGGCUCAGCUCGAGAUCGGCCGCCUAUAUUAGCGGCAACAACUCGAUCACCAACAUCGAGUUCUACGACGUGCUCGACUCAUAGACCUGAUAACAGCCAGUUUGUCGAACACCAGCAGGUUGCACUGAACCCACCGAUUAUUUCCUCUCUCGAGCCUGCUUUACUAUCGCCCAACGAUGACCAUCAAGGUGAUAGAAAUGACCACCCGCAAGGCCAUAGCGUUAUGGAGAAUAUCAGUAGAAAUUCCGAAAAGGGGAAGCAGGUCAUCAAGGACACAUCGCAACUUCUGGCCCGAGUAGACAGCAAAAUUGUUGACGAUCACAUCGAAGGAAUCAAGAAUGGACAUCCGGAUAAAGGAAAGCAAGUCGCUCAACCUGAAGACGAUGAUAGCGACUCGUCAAGUGUCGCCACAAAAUUCUCAGUAGAAUCUCUUGCAAUCUCAGACUCGAGCCCCAGCCCCAGCCAACAAAUCCAUCGAACAGCAUCUCAACAAUAUGCACGCAAAAUUUAUCUCGAAUAUACACGGCCAACACCGAUCAGCGCUGCUGACUUCACGCGAAUACAAGAAGAUGUGGCGACACUCGUGCCUAGUCCAGAACAGCCUCACUUUUCUCUUGGGUCUGCUACUCAAUCAACGAAGAUACGAUCGGACUUCUCGCCCACCUUGACCCACCCGGUGAUCGAUGAAACUAGCGAAUGUAAUCGAACGGCAGACGAAAGGCACUUACCCAACCAGACCAAUGCUAGUGAUCGGCAACCAGGAGAAGUUUCGCGGAAGAAAGAAGACGGCAAACGGAUUAACUCGAAUACAGCUCAUCCGCCGAGCCUCAAUGUGGCCGGCAGUGCGCAGACCCGCGUAUGGCCCGGGUCCGACCAAGAUAAUCAUAGUGUGCCUAUUCAGAUGGCAACGGGCAAGAGAAAGAGUGACAGGUGGCCAACGGGCGAAGCCAGUCUGCCGAUCCAUCUCGCUCCAGCCCAUGUCCAGCCCCGGCAUGCUCCCCACAAGACCCCUGCGGCUGCCGCGCCCGGCCUCCACCAGUCCACCCCUCAUCGUGCCCCCACCAGACUAGAGUUCAGCCCGGCCCGCUCGCCCCUCUCCAAGUGCAAGUUCAAGGCCGCAGAGCUGGGCGACGAGCUCUUGGAUAACAAUUUCACCAUACCCAUUGGCAAGAUCGCUUUCGUCGAGGAAGGCAACCGGCUCCGCUGUCUUUGA